CACCCUACUAUAUCUAUUUAUUAGAUUAAAACAAUUAUAUUCGAGCCCAUAUAAUAGAAAGAAUCAUUUAUUAGAGCGUUCGUAUACAGAGUGCAUUGUGUUCUGAUGUGGUAACUCGUAACUCGUAAGCGACCACAAGGAGUAUGGAACAGAACACUCGUUUCAUAGAAUGACUGUUAUUGCCACGUCACGCGUAGAAAAUAAGAUGUGCUGUUUUUGAGAAAUAAACUAUGCCCUGAAAGAAUUCGGAUUUAGCCAAACCGCAGAACGACCUCAUAUUAAAAAGCAAAGCCAUGAACAACGUCACUGCUCUGACGUCAGGAGCUCUCUCGAAAACCGCGUUCGAUUUUGAAGUGUCCCACGAAGGCGAGCUUAUAGCCUACAUCGUAGCUGAAGUUCUAAUCGCAGUAUUUGCAUUAUUCAGCAACCUAUUCGUUCUAAUCGCAAUCAUCAAGUUCAAAAACCUCCAAACCUCAACAUAUUGGCUUCUUGCUAGUCUCUCUGUCGCAGAUAUUUCGGUAGCGGUUUUAGGGAUUCCCAGCGCCAUAGUUCUUCGAAUAGGUCUAGUUAUUUCUGAUGACGUCACCAUUACGUCAUCAACUAUCGACAAAGCAGCAGUAGACCGUGCAACUUGUCUCGUCGUUGUAUCUUUCGUUAUCUUCCUAACUCAGGUUUCAAUAUGGAGUCUUCUACUAAUCGCCGUUGAUCGUUUCGUUGCAAUUCAUUAUCACUUAAGGUACCGUGCAAUUGUGACGUCAUUUCGUGUAAAAGCAGGGAUUGUGGGGGCUUGGUUAGGAGGUGCUUUUAUUGGGUUUGUUCCUCAAAUUGGAUGGACAACGCCCUACAACAACGAGGAUGUUCAUGGUUCGUCCGAAGUUGAACGAUGCGCAUUCGAACAAGUGACAAGUAUGGAAUACAUGGUCUACUUUAACUUCUUCGGUUGUGUUUUGCUCCCACUUGCCGCCAUGUUUGUUCUCUACUUCAUGAUUUUUCGGUCAGCAAAGCAGCAGUUGCGUAAGAUCUACGCAGACGUGGCUUUUCAUCGGCGCCGUAAACUCUCAAAAAUCUCCGUCAAUUCGAUCCGAGAUCUUCUCCACGCAAACCUGGGUAUCUAUUCUCCUCCGAAACCAAUAUCCAGGUCUGUUGAGCUGAAGAGGAUGCAUUUAAAAUCUCGGAGCCUGGAUAUUUCGUCAUCUAGGAGAGAAGGGUUGGAGAUUCCUGACAUCAUUCGGCCGGAAAUCCAGGAUCAAAAGCCGGCAGAAGAAUCGUCCAACAACGAGAAUAAUUUGAAUAACAAAGAUAGUGAUUUUAAAGUUAGUUUGGAACCUUCGCUUCCCCAUAUUGACAGCAGAACAAGCAUAAGAAGAAGCUUGUCUUCUCCUAUGAUUUUUGUUCCUGUACUUUCACAAGUAGAUGGCGCCGCAGAGGCCAACGAUGACGUAUGCUCUAGCCAGCCCACACCUAAGCCUGUACCGAAGCAAUGUAGACUUAAUUUCCGAAUUUUUCGAAAAAAGAGAGCAGACACCUACUCCGGAAAUACGUCACCCGUGACGUAUGAGUCACAUGACUGUACUACACCAAUUAUAAGCGACGGACCGAUGGUCUUUGAGCUCGGCAGAUUGGACUCCGACGCGUCGUCUUGCGGCACAAUAGAUCGACACAUGACGGACAGCGAUGGCGACAUAACGCGCAGAAUCAAACUGCGCCGCAGGUCCAAACUUAUACAAAAAGAAUUCCGUGCAGCGAGAAGCUUAUUCACUGUUAUCGGCGUAUUUGCUUUAUGUUGGCUACCUCUGCACAUACUCAACUGCAUUACAUUGUUUUGCCCCGAGUGCCGAAGACCAAAUUGGUUAAUUGACUUGGCUAUUCUUCUAUCCCACGCUAACUCCUUGGUAAACCCAAUUAUUUACGCUUUCCGACUUCGUGAAAUGAAGGUAGCAUUCCAGAAGCUGCUGCGUUCGUUCUCAAACCGCGCUAAGUCGGCAUUCUGUUGCGAGAGGACACGAAAGAGAAUGCAAUAUGACGUCACAAGUUCCUGACGAGCCGUGUCAUCACCAGAGUGUGGCCGGGUCACAACGUCAUAGGGUCGUGACGUCACAGGGCCAUGACGUCCUGUAACGUGCGUUUUUCAUUUUCCUCAAGUUUUCAACGAAAUCAUACGUAAAUAGUUGGUUUAGACGCCCCCUUUUAUAUUCCACUAACUAUAUAUUGUGUAUUAAAAAAGAAUCGAAACUUUAUUGCAUUAAACGCCACUUAUUUGCACAGUUACCUUCAAGAAUACGGUUUUAUUUGUUUAAUAAUAAAAAUGCUUCCAUUUCUACA